AGCCUUAGCCGGGUGGUGACAGAAUUUGUCCUGCUGGGCUUCCCUCAAGUCCGUGUGUUGGAGCUCUCUCUCUUUGCAGUCUGCUCUGCAAUCUUCACUCUCACCCUCCUGGGGAACGUGAUCAUCAUUACUGUUGUGGUGGCGGAUUCCCGCCUGCACACCCCCAUGUAUUUUUUCCUCGGGAACCUUUCUCUUUUGGAGAUUUUCUUCACUUCAACCAUUAUACCCAAGAUGCUGGCCAACCUAUUGGCAAAGAUGAAGACCAUUUCGUUCUCGGGCUGCAUUGCUCAAUGCCAUUUCUAUUUUUUCCUGGGCUCAACUGAGUUGCUCCUCCUGGCUGUGAUGUCUAUCGACCGCUACGUGGCUAUUUGUAACCCACUGCGCUAUGUUGCCAUAAUGAACAGCCGUGUCUGUGUCUCCCUGGUCCUUGGCUGCUGGCUGGGGGGGUUUGUGCACAUCCUGUGGCCGACGGUGGUGAUCUCCCAGCUUCCUUACUGUGGCCCCAAUGUCAUCAAUCACUUCUUUUGUGACAGCACCCCGCUGCUGAAGCUUUCUUGCUCUGACACACGCCUCAUUGAACUUGUGGACGUGCUGCUUGCCUCCGUUCUUCUUGUAGGCACCCUGCUGGUCAUCGUGGUCUCCUAUAUGUACAUUGUCUCCACUGUGCUUAAGAUCCCCUCAGCUACUGGAAGGCACAAGGCCUUCUCUACUUGCGCAUCACAUGCCACUGUGGUGACAAUCUAUUAUGGUAGCUCCAUCUUCAUGUAUGCUCAGCCAGCACAGAGCUCUGCCUUGGAAUUCAACAAAGUAGUGGCUGUACUAACGGCAGUCGUCACACCUCUCCUGAACCCCCUCAUCUAUAGCCUAAGGAACAAGAAGGUGAAGGAGGCCUUGAAAGAAAUGGUGAAAUGGAAAAGCACUUCCCAAAGAAGCAUGGAACCUUUGGUCUGA